UAAGAGUCCGUUUAUUGGCCCGUCACCAUCACCACCACCAUCAUCAUCAUCAUCGUGUGCUGAAUCUCUGUAGAAAUGUACGAGCUGGAAAAGGAGAAUUUACGUCGCUCGAGUAAAUACAUCACUAAGAUUUUACGACCGUCAUUUAUUAAAACCUUCAUGACGGAAUACCUGGAUCAAGAGGUGGUGGAAAUAAUUCUCUCAAUGGAGUUGACAUCAUCUGUGACCAAAGCAACUGAAAUGUUGUUGGACAAGAUAUGUGAGUUAGAGGAAGUGGGCUGGUUUCAGGCCUUUCUGGACAUCCUUCAUGCCUCAGACUACCAUGGUCUGUAUGCAGCCAUUAAGGACUGGAACUUCUGUGAGUUGGAAGAGCUUCAGGAACACAGGAAGCUUCUGAAGCUUAUCGCAUCAUCCAUCACCAAACAUAUGAAGCCCAGUGAGCUGCUCACACACAUGAGCGACUGUCUGAAACAGAGAGAAUGCGAGGAGAUCCGAGCUAUGGAAACCCUGCGUGGUUGUAUAGCUGCCAGUGAGAAACUAGUGGAGAGCCUUGUACGUUCUGAUCAACCAAACUGGUUUAAAGUGCUGAAGAUUGCUCUGGAUGCAUGCAGAUUAGACCAGGCAUUAGAACUGCUGGAAUUAAAUGGAGGUGAUACGGAUAUGAAAGAUGCUGCAUGUGAUGGAGAAUCAGAAACCAAGAUGUCAGUGUGUUUUGAGUACAGAGAGGAGGGUGAGAGUGAAGAUACUCUACUGAAUAGCGCCAACAACAUCAGUUUAACAGAGAUGCCCAGUGGGUCAACAGGUGUUGGUGAAUGUGAGCACUCAGGUGAGAGGAAGCUCAGAGAGUAUCAGAAGGAACUGACCACCGCUGCUGUGGAAGGACGCAACACCAUCAUCUGUGCUCCUACAGGAUGUGGGAAAACUAUUGUUGCCUUGGCAAUCUGUGAAAAUCACCUGCAGCAGUUUCCCGGGGCAAAGGUUGUGUUCUUGGCAACCAAGGUCGACGUCUAUGAACAGCAGUAUAAACUUUUUAAGGAACACUUUUCCUGCAAGGACCCCAGUAUCAGGGUGACUGGUAUGUGUGGUGAAAUGGAGUAUCUGUCUGUGCGUAUGCUUUUGGAGAAUCAUGAUAUUGUGGUGUUGACGGCUCAGAUCCUGGUGAAUGCUCUUAAUAGCGGCGAGGUGUCGUCUCUUGAGCUGCUGUCACUCAUUCUGCUGGAUGAGUGUCAUAACACGACCGGAAAACACCCGUAUAACAACAUCAUGACCCGUUACCUGGAUACCAAACUCACCACCAACACACACUCACUGCCACAGAUUGUGGGUCUGACAGCGUCGGUUGGCAUCGGUUGAUUCAAGAAUCUGCUGGAGGCAGAAAACAAUAUCUUACAGCUGUGUGCUAACCUGGAUGCCAGGGUCAUCACCACCGUUACCCAUCACCUGGACGAGCUCCGGACAUAUGUGCACACACCUCAGAAAGAGUUUUUUGAGGUUCCUCAGCGCACAUCUGAUCCCUUCAUCAGGAUAAUCUGCAACAUCAUGAGGAAUAUCGAACAGCUUGCACAGACGGUCUACAAUAUCGAGAGCCUGUCUCACAUUCAGAACCGUGAGUGUGGAUCUCAGAGUUACGAGCAGUGGAUCGUGUCUGUUCAGAAACGCUGCAGAGUUCUUCAGAUGAGAAAUGAAGAGGAGGAGAGGAGGAUCUGCAGAGCGCUCUACAACUACACUGAACACCUGAGGAAAUAUAACGAUGCUCUGAUAAUUAACGAGGACGCUCGGACUAAAGACGCGCUAGAUUAUCUGGACGCUUUUUUUGAGCAGGUCAGAAAUGCCGGCUACGAUGAGAUCGAGAGGAAACUCACCACCUUGUUUGACAGCCAGCGGCCGCAUUUGCUGUUAUUUGUCAAUGAGGGGCAGCUGAACCCUAAACUGAUGGAGCUCAAGUCAAUUCUGGAUGAAGAAUAUCACAACAAUGACCAGACGCGCACGGUUCUGUUCAUCAGGACACGUGCCCUCGCCGAUGCCAUGAAAAAAUGGAUUGAAGACAUUGAUUCCCUGAAGUUCCUGGAACCCGGAGUUUUGAUCGGAAAAGGACGAAAAUCAAACUUGGGAAUGACUAUGACCAGUCAGAAAGGAGUUCUGAACUCGUUCAAGAGUUCUGAUCAGAGUAAGAUACUCAUCGCCACAUCCGUCGCUGAUGAAGGCAUCGAUAUCCCACAAUGCAACCUGGUGCUCAUGUAUGAGUAUGUCGGGAAUGUGGUGAAGAUGGUGCAAGUCAGAGGUCGUGGUCGUGCGCAGGGCAGUCGCUGUUUCCUGAUCUCCAGCAGUGAGGAGAGCAUUAAUAAAGAGCGCAUGAACUUGGCUAAGGAGGAGUUAGUGGAGAAAGCCGUCGCCCAACUGCAGAGUCACCCUGAUGACCUCCGCAACAAGGUGGAUGUACUUCAGAGGGAAGAUAAGGCCAGGAGAAAUCUUAUCAGCGCGAGUCCUGAUAAACCCAAAACUCAGGCCAGCUACCAGCUCCUCUGCGGCAAGUGCAAGACGUUUGUGGCUUUGAGUGAUGAUCUUCGAGUCGUGCAGGUAUGA